GUUGCUGCUGCUCGGCGCUGCGAGCGCGCGACGGAGGGACGACACCACCAUCACCACGCACACCAUAUCGCGCAACACGCAUCACCGGAGAAGUGCACGCGCCACGCGAGCGAGCGAUCGAGCGGAACGUAUGCGCGAAACUCGCGCAAACGCAAGUGUCAUACGGUAAAUCGGCUGCGUGCGCGCACGCACGCAUGCACGCACGCACGCACGCACGCACGCACGCGGAAACAAACGGGGCACACGAGUGAGCUCUCCGGGAUCAUCUCGUUUCGAUUCGCGUUGAAGCGCGAAACGUCAGACGGUGUCGCAGGACGGUUUCGAAUCGCUCCGGAUUCCUCGAGAUCGUCGAGAUCUAUCCGCCUCUCUCUCUCCCCCUUACAAACCUCCGCUGGAUCGUGUGUCGCCGCCCUGACGUUCGACGGGUUGACGACCGUCACCGCGAUAGAUCGGCCGGUGUGGGUGUCUUAACGCAAGACCUUUUGGAAAAUCGCGACGUACACGUGAAAAAAAAGUGAAGUGCCUCCGAGUGCAUGACAGAGAGUGCGACGGUUUUUACCGUUUGACGUCGUAGUAUUGUUCGCGAUCGCCGUUCACGCGCGUUCACCGGCAGUUUUUCGCGCGAGAUGACGCCGUGGUUGUCGCUGCGUGAGCAAUCUGUGAACGAUAACAAAGUCGGUUGGAAUCGUGGAAUCUUCAGGUAGACAGAAUACUUUCGAAAAGAAUCAACGGAUCGUGUUGUUUUUCUGUAGAUCUUAGCCGACAUCUAACGCUUGAAAAACUGAAGAAUCUUAGCAGAAACGAGAAUAAUAUUUGGCAGAAUCAUCGCACGUGUGAAAAAGUGAAGUGACUUUGAUACCUUUGACAAGUAUCUACAAUUACAUUCGGACGAUAAUCGAAGAACAUACACGUCGGUCUGCUGGUGAUUUUCUUCAAGUAUGAUCGGUUUUGCAUAUUUCUCGUAUAAUUUACUUCGCGAUUAUGCGUCUCUAUCUAUCGGCAAGUUCAGAAUAAUGAAGAAGUGAGUGACGAGAGGCGAUUUGUAGCCGACAAUUGCCGAUAAUUUUAUUUCGAGCGAUCAACGCGCCGAUUGCCGAAGAACAUAGUGCCAGGAUUUCGCAUCCUUCUCUAACAGAUUGAUCGAAUUCGAGGAAUCAAGCGGACGAUUUCGACGUGUGUGGUGCGCCGACCGUGGAACACUUGAGUCGGCUCCGUCGUCGUCGUCGUCGUCGUCGUCGGCCGCUCACGGAUAGGAAACCGGCAGGGUGGUUCGAGGCGGGACGGUAGGCGCGGACGCCCUGGCGACUGCCGGGGUGGUUUACCCGGCCGCGACGGCGACGUUGUUCCCUGGCCGGGUGCCAGCCGGACACCACCACCCCGAGUUCACCACCACGUUGGAGCUGGGGUUCCCGGCGCGCGGCACCACCGCCUCGAUGGCGUUGGUCGCGCCGCCGCCCUCUUGGGCUUCGCGGGACCCCGGGGCCGCCUUGGGCGCAGCCGGCGGCGGCGGCGGCGGCGGCGGCAGCGGGCCCCUUCAGGUAGGCCCGCCGCCGCCGAUGCCGCCCGCGCAUCUCACGCCCUCGGCUACGCCGGAGGACAUCACCUGCCUGGUGCCCGCCGGCUCGGUGCUCACCUCGAGGGAUCCCUUGCCGCCCAGCACCACACCCGGCAGCCAGGCUAACAGUUCGCAGUCCGGCAGCUCGCAAACGGACAAAUCGCCGAACAUCGAGUGCGUCGUCUGCGGGGACAAGAGUAGCGGCAAGCACUACGGACAGUUCACUUGCGAAGGAUGCAAGAGUUUCUUCAAGAGGAGUGUCAGGCGGAAUCUAACGUACUCGUGUCGAGGGAACAGAAAUUGUCCAAUCGACCAACACCAUAGGAACCAGUGCCAGUUUUGCCGCUUGAAAAAGUGCCUGAAGAUGGGCAUGCGCCGGGAAGGUAUGCACUCCGUGCAGAGAGGGCGAGUGCCGCCGUCGCAGCCGUCGGGGCUGCCGGGUCUGCCGGGUCAAUUCGCCUUGACGAACGGCGACACGGUCGCAUGCCCCAGCCUAAACGGACACUCUUACCUCUCGUCGUACAUAAGCCUGCUGCUGCGGGCGGAGCCCUAUCCGACCUCGCGCUACGGCCAGUGUAUGCAACCCAACAACAUCAUGGGCAUCGACAAUAUCUGCGAGCUCGCGGCGCGGCUGCUCUUCUCGGCGGUCGAGUGGGCUCGCAACAUCCCGUUCUUCCCGGAGCUCCAGGUGACGGACCAGGUCGCCCUGCUCAGGCUAGUGUGGAGCGAGCUGUUCGUCCUGAAUGCGAGCCAGUGCUCGAUGCCGCUUCACGUGGCGCCGCUCCUGGCGGCGGCGGGUCUUCACGCCUCGCCGAUGGCCGCGGAUCGCGUUGUCGCCUUCAUGGACCACAUCAGGAUCUUCCAGGAGCAAGUGGAGAAGCUCAAGGCGCUCCACGUCGACUCUGCGGAGUACAGCUGUCUCAAGGCCAUUGUCCUCUUCACCACCGACGCCUGCGGUCUCUCGGACGUAGCGCAUAUCGAGGGUCUCCAGGAGAAGUCGCAGUGCGCGCUGGAGGAGUACUGUCGGACGCAAUAUCCAAAUCAGCCGACGAGAUUCGGCAAGCUGUUGCUGCGGCUGCCGUCGCUGCGGACGGUCUCGUCGCAGGUGAUCGAGCAGCUCUUCUUCGUGCGGCUGGUAGGUAAGACGCCGAUCGAGACGCUCAUCAGGGAUAUGCUGCUGAGCGGCAACAGCUUCAACUGGCCCUACAUAUCCACGAUGUGACACUCUGUCUGGCGGCAGCUAGCUUCCGCAUAAUAUUACAGCACGAGCGACGGCGUCGCGACGCCCGAUGACGACGCGCGUGCCAGAUUCGCAUUCGAGUAGAGAGGAAUCGAGAGCCGCGAAUUCCGACGCUCGACACGACGCGGCGGACGACGCGGAUGCGCGGAGCGGGGCGCAUCUCGCCCCUCGCAUCGCGGAGUCCACGAGGUCUCUGACAUCGUUCGCGUCGACGUCGUUAUUAACGUCCGCUGCGCGUUUGCUCCGACUUCAAUUGCGACGCGACAAUGACGACGGCGACUUCGUCGUUCUUCGUUAUUGGUCUUUGUAGUACUCGCGUUUUCGCUAGAUCGAUACCCACGAGGAAUCGGAAUACCAGCCAGGAUUCAGGGACUUUCAUACGCCGCGACGGAUGACUAAGGCCCGUGGCAUGACUCGACUAAUAGCGAGUACUCGACGCGAAGAUUGAUUCGAGAUAACGAUGGGAGAUCCACCCGCUCUCCUCUCCCCUCCCCUUCUCGUCGUUGAUUAUAAAUGCUAAUUUAUGACUUCUUCACGCCACGCUCGUUCUCCCUCCCUCUCUCUCUCUCUCUUUUUCUCUCUUUACUUCAUUCUUCGUCAUAACAAAACUCUUAUCUAUCUAUCUAUUCUCUCUCCCCCUCGAACCUUCCCCCCCCUGCAAUCUCUCUUGCUUACUUGCUUUCUUUUCAUUCACGCACACACGUGCACACACUCACGCCGAAACAACUGACAAGCACGUAUCCCUCUUUCGGCCGACCACUUUAGCGCGAGUUUUAACGCCCAGCAGUGGACGCUUCUGGACGCCGUCGGGCCACUCGGCGCCUCCGCGAUUCUCCGAAUGAGCAAUGUCUUUAUUACAUUCUUUUUACCUCGCUCUUUCGAUCCCUCCCGCCUUUUUCCGCUCGCCUCGAGAUUUCUUACCUCCGACGAGCGUCCUCUCGCCGUCCGACCACCUUCCUUUCCGCCUCGCGCGCAUUAUCCUAUCACCCUCGGUCGAGCUUUGUUAAUGACCGUGCUUAAUUCUUCCUCUUUCCCUCUUUCUCUCGCCGUGAUAUUCCUGCGUUCUUCACUUCUGCGAUGUUCAUCGAUGCGUCGUCUUCCCCUUCCCGAUCUGGACGCCUUCUCUGCGGGCCUGCGUGCGUUCUUCGAUUCCGUGAAGCAUUCGGAAAUAUCCCUUUUGGUCCUCGGAUGACGCUCGCUCCUGCAGAUCUAAAUCCCGCGACGUCGCUUUCGUCGAACUCUCUCAUGACUUAUGAGAGCUACAGCCGGCCAUUCGCGGUUUUACCUCGCAUAAUCAUGCGUUUUAAUUGUCGCAUGGCGUUUUCUUAGGAUCUCCGUUUUAAUCUUUGUUUCACAGUAAAAUAUUUUUGUCAAUUUUUCAUAUGUGCUUUGCAUUUCUUUACAGCGCAAAAAAAUCUUAUUUUUGUGAAAAAGGUAUUUCUUGCAGAAUCUUGCGCAAUGUUUUACGUAAAUCAAAAUCAUCGACGAAUUUUGGCGAGGAAUCAUUUUUUCUUCAUUAGCAUUUCUAUAAUAAUUUCAAUAUGCAGAAGCGAUUCCGAAUGACGCGUUUGAGAGUCGUCCUUCUCUUUCUUCCAUUUUGCAUUUUUCUUCUCUACUUUCCAUCCACUUACGAUUGCUUUGAUCGCACAUGUUACGAUUCGAUCACUUUUUUUAUGCGUUCUGGGAAUUGCUCGAGUGACUCGUUAAAUUUGCAUCGUUCUGUUUGUAAAAGCGAACUUUCUGCGAAGACCACGAAGACUACGCGACGUUACUAUCAAAGUUUGUCUCUUUCUAUUUAAGGAUAAAAUAUAUCGUACAAAUUUUUAUGUAUAGUACUUAGAUAGCAGCGAGGUGAGUCGGGCUUCAUCGGCACAUCCCGGUAUUUAAGCGAGUCGACUCUACCGGUAUAAAAUAAAAUUGUUUGUUGUAAGUAGAAUGUAAUGCGCAACGGCGUGAAGUCGCGGAAGGAACUUACAAAAUCGCGUGAAAAGUAAAUUAAUAAUCUUUUUUGCGUGCGGCGGUAUUCGCGUGAGUAGCGUUUUAACGCGAACGAUCACGUUCGCUUCUAUUAGGCUUACGGCGGUGAUUUCGAUGUCUUCGUCUACGACGAUCGUCCUCGAGGACGAAAGUUUCGAGGGAGAAGAAGAACAGCGAGCGACGGACGGGCGAAAAUACCAUACGCGACGUUCAACUUGGAUGACAAUACCGCGCGAUAUCAUACAGCCAAUAUUAUAUAUCCUGUAAAUACGAUAUUUUUACCUUUGGGUUACUUAAGAGCGUACGUGACGAGAUAACUCGAGAGUGCGACACGACGUCCUCUUUGUAUGCCAGUGCCAUCAUCGCGUCACGAUUAAUCCUGCGGGAAAUCACCGGUCGAUCGAUCAAGAUUCGGUGAAUUUGUAAUGGAAGCCUCCAUGAUGUCCGAAGGAAAGACGCUACGAGGAGGUGAGUCGGAGACUAUCUUGUUGUAUUGACGUUUCGAUAAUCCGAGCAAACAUCAGCGAACUUGCAAUUGCGGACGGAUUGCGCCAAAAUUUCCUUGUUAUUUCUUGCGGAAUCACAUAUUAUGUUACUAAGUCCCGUUUGCGAUUGUCAGUAGAUAAAAACGAGAUGAUCCCGAUGACUUGUUGAAUUGUAGAAGAAAGCGGCAAUUUGACUCGUUACGUCCCGGUGAGUGUGAUUUAUUAUUAAAAGCGAUUGUUUGUUGAAAAUAUGUAAUCGGAAUAUGAUAGAAUUGGCGGCGGACUUAAGCCGCUCAGCAUCCAAAAUGCUUUUAAAAAAUUUUGGGUCAAGAGAAAAUUUUAAAGAUAAAAUAAAUAUUAAUUUACUUUUA